CCCCAUCAGCUCUGGGCUGUCCCCACUGCUCGCCUGAUUCCCCUGCAGGACACGCCAGAGAAGUCUCGGUGCGCACUCGCGGCCGCCGCUAGGAGUGUGGAACAGCUGGGCGGGGAGGAAACGUCUCAGAAUGGGUGGGGGAGAACAGGUGGCGCAGGAACCCAGCAGUGUAGGUGUGUUGGGAUGGAGGACAGCGGGGCAGGGCCAGGACCGGCCGGGGUCAGGAGGGCGGAGAACGGCGAUCGCAGAGGAGGAACACCUGAAGGCUUGGGGCAGGAGCCAGGAACAAAUGAGACCCCGGACCCCUAACCCCCGAUGAGAUGCAAGCGGCCAAAGGGAAAAGGGAAGAAAGUCCACUGAGGGGGAGGCGCACUCCACGAGUGCGGAGUAUCCUAGGAAAGAAAGUGGUGGGUUUCUUCCCAUCGUUCAGUCUCCCGAGAGAAAAAGACUCCUGUUUUUGGAUCCACUUGAGAUGUGUAGCUGCGAAAACCUAGUGAGAUAAAUACCGCCUUAUUAAACUCUACUGUUCUAUAUGAAAUUCAUUUCUUCGCAAGUUACCCCUUCCCUUUUUGAGGAGUUUUCAUCAAGUACAGCCUAACCCAGGUGUCCCACGGUGAAAGACCGGUGAAGACGAGGAUCCUGGGGAAGGCCCGCUCAGAACAGCUCAGCCCCCAACGGGUCUGGCUGUAAGUCGAAAAAAGGCCUGACCCUGGCCCCGAGAAGGGCAGUGACUAGAACAGGAAAGCAAUAGAAGAACUGCUAAAGGAGGCAAAACGUGGGAAAACUAGAGCAGAAACAAUGGGACCUAUGGGUUGGAUGAAGUGUCCUCUUGCAGGUACAAAUAAAAGAUUCCUAAUUAACACAAUUAAGAACACAUUGCCCUCCCAUAAAGAGCAAGACAACGAACAAAAAGAGGGUACUAAGGAAGCUGCAAAAAGCCAGGACCAGAAAGAAGCGAACCCCAAGAAGCAUAGAAGCCAUCCCUACAAGCACAGCCUGCACGCCCGCGGCUCUGUGGGCUACUCUCCUCCGGGGAAGCGGGGUUCCCGGGACAAGUGCGACUCACGUCCCAGCAGGCACUGAGGCUGUGGUCCUGGGAUUAGGGUGCGAAAGCACGGUUCACAUGAGCAGGGCAAACACUGAGAGUGACUUUACCCCUAGGUCCUAUUUGUAAGGUGGCUGUUGGUGACCAGCAUAUAAUGACCUCUUGACUCUUCAAAGAAGCAAGUACAAAGAAACUUGCUCUGAAGACGUCUUGGCAAGUGUGGCUUCUUCAGCAGUGUAGUAUACAUUUAUGUUGUUUUCACCCUGUUUUGUUUGGAAGUUAAUUUUAAAACAAAUCUACAGUUUAAAGUUUUCAAAUUGUUAAAACUGGUCCCAGUUUUCUGAUGUGCUACAGUUUGGUCAUUUCUCAAAAUUUCUCAAAUA